CAUCGCUUAUGGAAUUGUCUCCUCCACUUGCAUCUCUUAACGCGUGCCUCUCACGCUCCUUCUUAAUUUAGCAAAUUUCUUACCUUAGAAGUGAGCCUAACCCCUUUGAAUCUGUAAUGGGGGUUCUUGGUUAAACCUUCAAAUUCCUUAAUUUUUUAGGAUUUUUCUGUUCAAGCACUAUUUUUUACCAAUACCCUUUUGCUAAUUUUGGAUUCUUGAAAAGUUCUAGGAAUUACUGUAACAAACUUAUUGUUGUUAGGGUAGUGUAAUUUUUGUACAUUUUCUUGAAAUGGAACCGAAUUCACCUGUGAGAUUCAAAUUAGGUAAGCAAUCUUCAUUAGCACCAGAGAGGAGGGGGGAAGAAGUAUUAGGAGGUGAAGAUGAUGGAUUUGUUAUUGAUAUUGAUCCAAGGGUUAGGUUGAUGUAUUCGGCGAAUGAGGGUGAUAUAGAAGGGAUAAAGGAGAUUUUGGAAUCAGGGACUGAUGUUAAUUUUAGGGAUAUUGAUGAGAGGACUGCACUUCAUGUUGCUGCUUGUCAUGGUUCAAGUGAUGUUGUGCAGUUGUUGCUUGAUAAUGGGGCUGAAGUUGAUCCAAAAGAUCGGUGGGGGAGUACGCCCCUGGCAGAUGCAAUACAUUAUAAAAAUCAUGCAGUGAUCAAGCUACUGGAGAAACAUGGUGCCAAGCCUCCAAUGGCUCCUAUGCAUGUUAAGACUUGCCGUGAAGUUCCAGAAUACGAGAUUGAUGCUAAAGAGCUUGAUUUCACUAAUAGCAUUGAGUUGAGCAAGGGAACCUUCCAUAUUGCUUCAUGGCGUGGUAUACAAGUUGCUGUAAAAAAGUUUGGGGAGGAUGUGAUUGCUGAUGAGGAUAAAGUGAACGCAUUUAGAGAUGAGCUUGCGUUGCUCCAGAAGAUGAGACAUCCUAAUGUGGUGCAAUUUCUUGGUGCUGUAACACAAAGCAGUCCUAUGAUGAUAGUGACGGAAUACUUACCAAAGGGUGAUCUCCGUGAAUAUUUGAAUAGAAAAGGAGCGCUUAAACCAACUAAAGCUCUCAGAUUUGCAAUGGACAUCGCCAGGGGAAUGAACUAUCUGCAUGAACAUAAAGAAGCAAUUAUUCAUCGUGAUCUUGAGCCUUCAAAUAUUUUGCUGGAUGAUACUGGACAUCUGAAAGUUGCUGACUUUGGAGUAAGCAAGCUACUGAAAGUUACAAAAAGGGUCAAAGAAGAUAAGCCUCUGACAUACGAAGACAGUUAUCGCCGAUAUGUAGCUCCAGAGGUUUUCAGGAAUGAGGAAUAUGAUACCAAAGUUGAUGUCUUUUCAUUUGCCUUGAUUUUACAAGAGAUGAUUGAAGGCUACCCCCCUUUCCAUGCGAAGGAAGAAAACGAUGUACCUAAAUUGUAUGCUGCUAAAGAGCGCCCUCCUUUUAAAGCCCCGGCGAAGUUUUAUGCCCAUGGACUGAAAGAAUUGAUUGAAGAGUGUUGGAACGACAAGCCAACCGAGCGGCCAAGUUUCAAGCAAAUUAUCCCAAGGCUUGAGUUCAUCUAUAAAAAGUUUGACCACAACAAGCGCUGGAAGGUAAUUAGACCAUUGAACUGCUUUCAGCAUUUAGAGGCAAUGUGGAAGAAAGAUAGUUCAGGUUUAAGUAGUCGGAAUCGUUCAUCUCGGUCUACGCGCCACAUCUAAGUAAGUUUCUGCAA